AUGCAACUGCUCAGUGGAGAUGAGACGGUCCCUGUUGCCGCCCUGUACAGGACCGUCUUUCUCCGCCUGCAUUCUCACAGGCAUGUCUGCUCUGUGGAGACGGUCUCCAUUGCUGCCCUCCUGAGCACACACAGGAGCCCCGGUCCAUCCAGUCUGGUACCGGGUCCUCCUCGAAGCUGCAAAGUGCGACUGCUCAGUGGAGCUGGUCUCCAUUGCCGCCGCCCUCCUGAGCACACGCAGGACCGUCUCCGCCCGCAUUCUCACAUGCAUGUCGCAGACUUGGCGCGCCCUCAGCGACCACAUGAGCUGGGCGCGGCUGUGGAGGCAAGAACUUGGCUGGUCGUACGAGAUGCGCCGGAGCUGCUGAAUCAUUCUGCUAAGAAUGUCACCACAUCUUCCCCCGGCUCUAAGGAAGUCGACACUGAUACCAAGUGCACUCCUCCCGACAUAAAUGAUGAUUUAGACUGUGCUAUCAAGCGCACUCUCAAUUCAAACCGUACCGACUUUAAUGUUGAUGGAGAAGAGCCCGAGGUGGACUUCACCAAGCCUUCAAUCGCGGCUGCUCACAAGGAGUGCUCACCAUCACCCAGCGAAGCCCAGGCCUCCUUGCCGACACUUGAUGAGGCAGCUUGGCAGUACUACCGACAACAUCUGGACGAGCAUACAAGCCUCACGAAGCUUCUGGAGAAGUCAGAGGGUGAUCCAACGGAGACCACAUGA